AUGGCUACUUCUUCAAUCGAUGAGAGUAAGAAUGAGCUAGCUUCAAAUAUAACACCUGUGUCUGCCUAUUGGGAAUGUACGAGUUGUCAUGUUUACAAUCAAUCCGGACGCAAAUCAUGUAAAAAAUGUCGCAUUCUUCGACAAGAUUUACUAAAUCAAUGUCUCAGAGAUUCCAAACUUCAUAAUACUGAACAAACAAGCGUAGAACCAAAGUCAGACGCAUCUACGAAGAAAAUCAUUGCAAAUUCGAAUGAAUCAAGUAAUUUUACAUCUCCGACCACAGAUCCUCCACCGAAUUGGUAUUGUGUUAUAUGUUCACAUCACAAUUGUAAUAAUGAUUCUGCUAAGACAUGCGCCGGAUGUGGAAGUAUUUUUAUGACGAACACUGAAUAUUUGAAUUUCAUCCAUGAACAAGAAAAGCAACUUCUACGUUACCAAGAGGAUUCGAAAGCGUUUCGAGACGAUCUACGCGAACAAGCCCACGCAGCCUAUUACAAGAAUAACGAAGAAUUCGAAUGUAUUAUCUGUUGUGAAUUAAUUGGAAAAACGAAAGGUGUCUUGUUUCAUCAUUGUCUACAUCCAAUGUGUAAACGCUGUGUCUUACAAAUGAUCGAAACAAGCACCGAGCCGUUAUUGAAAUGUCCACAUGAUGACUGUACGACAAUCAUCACUGAAAGAGAAUUACGUGGCAUUGUCAAAGAUAUGAGACGUGAGCAAAGAUUAGUCGAUAAAUUAAACGAAAUUGGAGUACGUUGGGCGGAAAGUCGACAUAAAACAUUUCAUUGCAUUACACCUGAUUGUGGACAAUGGUGGUUUAUCGAGCAAGUGCAAGGAAACAAUAUCGUCUACUGCGAUGGUUGCAAACACUGGAUUUGUAUGACAUGCGUUGCAGUACACGAAGGUCAAAAUUGUCUAGAGUAUCAAGAAGAUCUUAAAAUCCGAGCAGCUAACGAUGCUACAGCUCGAAAAGAUCAAGAACAUCUAGAGGAGAUGAUCAAAAGACGCGAAGCUAUGCACUGUCCCGGUUGUCGAGUCGUAAUUCAAAAAUUGUCUGGCUGUGACUGGUUGCAAUGCACUCAAUGUAAAAUGGAAAUUUGUUGGCCAACUCGUGGUCCACGCUGGGGCCCAGGCGGACGUGGUGACACAUCGGGUGGUUGUCGGUGUCGAGUAGACAAAGGCAAAUUGUGCACAAAAGAUUGUCAAAAUUGUCACUGA